UCGGAUUAAACGCACGUCGCGUAUCCACGUUCCUAUAUGAACGCCGAGCAUUUAACCUACAAACUUUAUGCAGCCUUGCAAGAUUAUAACGGUUGUAGGUACUGUAAUGUGUUAUUGAGAUACAGUUACAAAUCUGUAGUGGUAGAAAUUUUAAUACUCGCCAAUGCACGAAAGCUGCUAAAAAUAGUCGGGGUUCGCGCGCUCGCGUCUCCCGCAACCGGCAAUCGUUUUCACUACGCACACUAUUUCUGUCUAUAGGAAACCAAUAUUAUAUAUACGAAAUAAUAUUGUUUAAAAUUUUUGUGGACAAUGAGAAAAGUGCGAAAAAAACAUCGAUAGUCGCGAAGCGGCAAACUUCGAUGCUACUGUGACUGCAGUUAUUGAGAUCACAUUAUAAAGCAAACGUUCAAAGAUGGCUCUCGUUAUGCUGCCCUGUGAUUUGCCAUGGUGGACGUCUGUACAACGCCACCUAAAACAUCUUCUCGUAGCAUCGUCUCCAGCGAAGUUAACGGCUAGCAUGUUAAAAAUUCAUGAUAUGUGCAAUAUAGGAAUAGAUCCAGACGAUGACGUAAAGGAUCCAGAGCUCAUGAAAGGAUUAGAACAAUUCUUGGACGAAGAAUUUUCUGGAGAGGAAAGAAGAAAUUUUCUCGAUAAUACAAUACGUAUAAUGGUGAAUAAGGCCAUACAUCUUAAACGAUGGCGUCCACCGAAGGGGCUUGUUUUUAGUUUGCAACAACAAAGCGAUUCAACUGAACUGGAUUAUAAUUUCCUGUCUUCGUUGGUUGCUCACGCAUUUUUUUCUACUUUUCCAAAACGUACGCUCAAAACACAUCCCACAUUGCAAGACUUCAAUUUUACGCAUUUUUUUAAAAAUCUACAUAGAAAAUCGCAAAGGAAUAAAUUAAAAAGCUUACUGCAUUACUUUGAAUGGUUGGACAAAAAUAGCAAUGAAGGAUCUAUUAAGUUAAGUAGACAGAUAAUGUCUUCAAAGCAGUGGCUAACCAUUGAAGACUGGCUGGAAUGCACGUUGCCUUUGUGUAAAUUACUUAUCCGCCACGAGGGUCGGCCGGAGCGCUGCGAGAGUGAUGACGCUCUGAGAGUGUGCUUCGCCUCCAGCAGGAUUGGUGGUGACGUGCUCAUAGAUGGAGAGUCACAGGAAUCACUCACAAUGUUUAUGAUGCCCGAACUUUUGCCGGCCAUGCUCUCUGUGGAGGCACUCGAAGAUAAUGAGGUAUUGAAAGUGGAAGGAGUCAGGAUGUUCAGCAGAAUAAGUGACCAGCGACAAAAGAACCACAUUGAAUUCCUAGAGAAACCGAAAACGGUGACAAUAUGUCUGAUGGACGCCGAGGAUUACAGCGCUUUGCCUCUUGGCCAGUGGGAAGAAGACAAUGUGCUGCGAGAACUGAACAAGUGUCUUUUAGCAUUCCAGCAGUCGCCAACGAAAAGUCAAGAGAAUCAGAAGGCUGAGAGACGACUUUCGCCUAUAGGAGAAUCCUUUAAUCAGACUCCACCAGAAGUUGAAACGACUGUCAUGAUAAAACAGGCAUCGUCUUCGAGCACCAUCAACAGCAUAAACAGCAGAAGCCCUUCACCUCAGAACUAUAACGUGGCAUCGCUUAACCUAAAUGACCCUAGCAUGGAACUACAGAAACGCAAAUGCUGGCUGUCCCCUGACGCGGGCACAUUGAACAAUCGCCGCGGGCGUUUCAUAGUUCUGGGUUCAUCCGGGGAAUGUCUUCCGGUGACGAGAUCCUCCGGCCACGAGGAUCUCCAGCAGGAAGACAGCUUAUACUCCAGCUGUAACUCCAGCGACGACGAGUACCACAGCGCUAACGAUAGCUUCGAUUACGGCAGCGAGGAUGAGGGUAGGGGUGAAAGCGCGCGUCCGAAUUCAUUCCAAUACUCAAAAGAUCUAUCGACAGAGGAGAGACGGAUGAGUUUCGCUGAUAGACUUCGGGAGGCUCUUCGCAGGGAAGCUGAGACGUCUUGCACGACCAGCACCACUGGAGACUGGUCUACUGAUAGUUCCAGUUACGCUGUCGGUAUCAGCAUUUCUGGUGCUGAGGUUAACGAUAACGACAUAAGAGUAAAACGAGGUGGUUCCGUUGGUUUCGUGCUGACGGAGAAAGAAACAGUAGAGAAUGGGAACGAGCCCCCCAAGCGACUUCUGUCUAGGAAAGAAACUGGGAAUAGCUCGAAAUACAGUUUCAGUACGGAAUAUUCUUCGGAGCUUGAGGAAGUCUACGAACAGUUCAACCAGUGGCUGAACGACCCGAUAUUACAAAAUGAUAACAACGAAAACAAAACCAAGGAAUUGGACCCCCGAGAUCUGGCAGUAAUAAGAUUCGCAGGAUCGUUACUAAAGCGCACCCUGAGCGAGUCCAUGGCUAGCGGGACGUGCGCCGACGCUUGCGAGCUGUACGGGCGCGACGUCCGCGAGCGCGCGCCCCCGCGCCGCCUCGCGCACGCCGCCAGGUCGUUAUCCUUGGAACUCGCUAAACAUCGGCACAGACUCGCCGCGCAUUUGAAACGUAAAGUAAAAGAAUCGAUACUAGAAGAUAUAUUAGAGAAUGAACUAGUGCGAAGCGAUAAAGACGAUAAUUUGAGCGAGGGUAGGACGAAGUCCCUGGGCUCGUCCACUGAGACUUGUUCAACACAACUGUCAAAUCCGGACGUGAGAAAGAAAAAACUUAAUUGGGUAGUAAAUAUGAUAGUUGAAACCAUUGAAGAAACUGUCGAAUGUGAGCCGGUGACGAUAAAAAUUAAGAAACCAAAGCUAAACCAACUAGCGUAUAAGAUUGUAUCAGGCGGGUCGUGUCGUCCCGUAGCUACCGGUAAUUGGGGCUGCGGAAGACGUCAGCGAGGUCACCCUCAGUUGAAGCUGCUGCUGCAAUGGCUAGCGGCCAGCGUGGCGGGAGUACCGGCAUUAUUUUAUUACACUUUCGGAAAUGAAAAAUUAUUUAAGCUGGACACACUGGUCCGUGUGCUCACUGACAGGAAGUGGACAGUGGGACAAUUAGCAAGAGCCGUGUUAAAGUUCGCCCGUCAGACCCUACACGAACCACACGUCAUACCGAACAAUCAUUCACUCUUCGAUGAACUGAUCGGGAUCGAGAAAACCGCCGACGAUUAUUAAAAUUUCAAACAUUACAAAAGUUCACUUCCCAACACUAUUAUAUACACUUUAGCCGGACUCUCAACUUGAAAGGGCAAAUAAUUAAAAAAAUAACAUAAUCUAUGUACUUUGCAUGCCUUUAACUCUACCCUAAAUAAUAUAAUUUGAAAGAAAAACAUUUAUUAUUAUAUCGGAGUCAUAGUUCUAAACGAACUUAAAAUAAUCUAAUAUCUACGUAAAGAUUACAUAUGUAUAGAACAUGUGAAUAAUUAUAUACAGAAACAGUUUAAUAUGAAAACAAGCGAAUGUACAUUAGAAAUAUUUAAUAAAUUAACCUUUAUAAAAAAUAGCAUACCAUUGUAAUAUAUAUUAUUUACAAAGCUCAAUACAUGUUUCGAUGCAUUUAUUUCAUUUCAAAUUUCAAUAUUUCAUUCUAAUAUAAUAAUAAUCAGAACGUUUACAAAGUCACAAAUUACGACACUAGGUUACUCGUAAAGAUAUCUAAGAUACUGAUGAUUACAACUUAAAUGUCCUGGCUGAUUGAUUUGCGGGCGCCCACAUAAUAAAAAAAAAAUUAAUAACUGAAGAAUUUGGGAGAAUAAUUUGAAAAACGGGCUGAGCUUGAAACGUCAGCCGGAGAUGGUGUCUUAAUAAUAAUAAUGAACUUAAUUUUAGUAUUUAUUCAAAAAUAAUAAAUAGGAUGUGAUCAUGGCAGCUGUGGAUUACUUAUACUGUUUACGAAAUUUGUAGAAUUAAAUGAGACGCUUAAAAGCAAUAAAUUAAUGGGAGAAUUUAAUUGAAUAUUUUUGUACAAAGUAUCGGUACAAUUGUGUGUUUCUAUUUAUAUUGUAGGAUUUUUAUGACGUUGUUUAAUAAAAUGAUCUUGUAAAAAAAUGCUAUUAAUAAAACAUUUUAAUACGUAAGCGUUCAGAUAGUGACAUUUAUUGUAUGUACACAUAACUUUACAACCGUUGAGAAACUGAAAAAAACAAUAUAAAAAAAUGUAAGCUAUCGUCACAUGUAAAUAGGCCACGUUUUUCUUAAAUAAAGCUGUAGGUUCACUAACACGCUAUAUUCAUUAACAAUCAAUAAAUACAGGACAUCUCAAAAGGUCUUCCAUAGCAUGAAUCUCAAUGUGUCCAAAAGUUUGUUAAUUUUGUGUAAUUAACUAAAAUAAUCAAAUUAUGAUAUCUAUAAAUAUAUUAUGAUGUCACUA